UGACGGAGGUGUCCGUAGUGCAAGGGCAUGUUAUAACGCUGCGCGAACGGCUGAACUCCGCUAUCGCCGAUAAGCGACCGCCACGUAACAGCGCGCGCAUAUCGCGUAAUGCGCACCGUCGAUAUUCAGUGCACGAGGUCUUUCGUGAGAGCGUAGGGACGCCGAUAGCAGCCUCGGACUGAUAGAGAUAACCCGAGGCGAUAAGCGAGAUAGGCGUCACGACGCAACGGGGGCGCGACCGGCAGUGCGCUUUGUCCCGGACGCCGAGCCAGGCCGAGCUCUCCGAAGCAGGUGACCGGGCGCCUGCACCUUCACAAGGCCAGCCAUGGGAUCCAACCAGAGCCAGCUGACAGCUGAGGAGCUGCGGGACUACAGAGAGCUGACAUUCCUUACGAAAAAGGAAAUUCUGCAUGCCUUCAAACGAUUCAAGGCCAUCGCCGAAGGGGAGGUGUGUGCUGACAAGCACACCAGGAUUCCCGUCAGGUACAUCGAACAGAUGCCGGAAUUCAGGUGCAAUCCUUUCCGGGACCGGCUACUGCGGGUAUUCUCGUCCUGCAAGGACGAUCGCAUGUCCUUCGAGGACUUCCUCGACCUCCUAAGCGUGCUUUGCGAGGAUGCGCCCGUCGACGUCAAGGCCGAGUACGCCUUCCAGAUAUUCGAUAUGGACGACGACGGUGUCCUGGGCGAGGACGACCUGGCGGAGGUCAUCAAGCGGCUGACGUCGUGGGACACUGGCUGCCGGAUGGAGACGCCCGACGUGCAGAGGAUCAUCGAGCAGGUUCUCGCCGAGGCGGACCUCGACCGGAGCGGUCACAUGUCGCUCAUGGAGUUUCAGCACUGCAUGCUCAAGAACCCCGACUUCGCAAGCUCUUUCAGCCUACGGCUGUGAACCGGCACUUCCAAUUCUGGGCCGUCACGCAAGCCUUGUGCGGAAUCGUCGCGGGUGUGAGUCCUGCGGCGGAGGCGUCACGACCGAAUGGAGCACAGCGGGACCGCGCUGUCACCGCCACGCUGUCACCACAGCUCGCGACCUUUGUCGCGCCGCACGCCUCUCCUUUGUUUGCGUCGAUUAAACGGUAUCGACUUUCGA